UCUAUGUAAUUUCUAAUCACUACUUACUGACCACUACAUAAUUGUUUUUUUCUCAUAAUUCGUCGGUUUGCUUAUUACCUAUUCGUAUCCAUUUUGUCGGGCGGUUAUUUGUUUGAAACUUGAGAUAAUAUUUCCUGCACUUACAUACAUACACAUAUAUACAUACGUACGUACGUGCUACGUCAAAUCGUACUUACUUACAUACGCACAUACAUAUCGAUAUCUCGCAUUCGGAAGAUCUCGCCCGCAAGCAGAAGCGGAUCGAUGGAUCCCCAGCGACGAUCCCGCCCGCCGGCCUCGCCGGCCCCGGGGCAUUCCUGGCAGCGUGCCAAAAUCCUCCUGCAGUGCGCCUCGCUCGCGUGCUGCGCCAUUCUGCUUGGGAUCAGCGGCGCGCGGACCUGGGACCACGGCAACGGCGUCGGCAUCCUCACGAUCCCCAUCGCGGUCGUCACGGCCGCUUGGACGCUUGCGGAGCUGUUGACUUUGUUCGUGAGGCGGAAGAGCGCGCCGGGGCGCGGCAUACACCCCGGCGCGCAUGUCGCUGCGCAGCUCGUUAUCUUCCUGGCUUUGAUACUGGCGCUUUUCUAUAGCUGCGUCUUGUGGAGGAGUGUUCAGCGCAGUGUUGAGCCGUGUAAUGAGUGGGAGCGCGACUCGAGUGAUCCGGAUUGGGCUGUGAGGAAUGAUGUUGAUGCUUGGACUGAUGAUGGUGGGAGGAGGGUUGAGACGACGGAGUUUUUCUGCCCUGAGAGCUAUAAGCAGCUUAUCAACGAUGCGUCGUAUCGCUCGGAGGUGCAGACUCUGAUUGCGUUCUCUGUUAUGUUAUGGGCUAUACAUUUCACGCUUUUCGUGCGUGCGUGCGUCGAGACCCAGCGGAGGAAUUCGGACGAUUCUGUGGUGACAGUAUAUCCGCAGCAACUACCAGGAUGGCCAGGGCCAUACGGAGAAAGGGUAGCACAGAGCCGUCAUCGGGAGGGAUCAAGGGCGACACAAAUGAAGGAGACGAAUUACAGAUGAAACCGACUCUCAUAUUCUUGCCGAUUUGAAUAUACCCUUUAAUAUUUCAUCCGCGUGGAUGCAAUAUGCGGCCAUACGAAUAUUACCGAGAGUCCCCUUUACACGGUCUAUCCUACCACCAAGGCCAUCGAUAGG